GCGCAGGGAAGAACCUUACUCUGUAGGCUCCGCCCUUUCUUUUUGGCUGUCGCCGUGUUAAGGAGCGCGCGGUCUGAGGCCUGGCCUUUGCGCCGACAACGCGGGGAAAAUGCGUUACGUUGCAGCUUACCUUCUUGCUGUCCUUGGUGGCAAUGAAUCUCCAAGCUCAAAAGAUUUGAAGAAAAUUCUUGAUAGUGUAGGCAUUGAGACAGAUGAUGAACGUGUGAAUAAGGUAAUUAGUGAAUUAAAUGGGAAAAAUAUUGAAGAUGUCAUUGCCCAAGGUAACAGCAAGCUUGCUAGCAUGCCAGCUGGUGGGGCUGUAGCGGUUUCCUCAGGGCCUGCUGCUCCAGCUGGAGGGCCUGCACCAGCUGCUGCAGAAGAAAAGAAAGAAGAAAAGAAAGAGGAGUCUGAAGAAUCUGAUGAUGAUAUGGGUUUUGGAUUAUUUGACUAAAAUUAAGAGUUAGUCUGUAAUAAAUAUUUUUCAAAGAU